AUGAAUUUAAUAAAAGUUUUUAAAAGAACAAAUAAAAAUGAUAAUGAUGCAUUAAAUCAAUAUAACCGAUAUUCAGAGAAAGAACAAAUUAUUUUAGCUGAAUUUGAACGUAGACAGAAAAUAAAAAAUAUCUACAUACCAACAGAUGAUGGAAGAGUUCGUUCCAAGCUCCGGGAGCUUGGAAAACCUGUUACUCUUUUUGGGGAAGGUCCAGCAGACCGAAGAGAUAGAUUAAGACAAAUAUUAAGUAAUUUUGAUGGAAAUAUAAGCUUUUUAAAUAAGGAAGCAGAGACGGAAGAAGAGAUUGAAGAAGAAUUUUAUACAGAAGGUACCAAAGAACUUCUUGUUUGUCGAAGAAAAAUAGCAGAAUAUUCUUUAAAUAGAGCUCGUAUAAGGAUAGCACGGCAGAAACUUGAGUCUCGUAUUCCUUUAAUGAAGAUUGUUAAUCACAGAAAAACAAUAAAUAAAAGAUUAAAAACUUACGUUUCUAUGGGGUCUCAAAUAGGUGCUGAUAGACCAGUCGGAAUUGCUAGAUUUUCUCCAAAUUCUCAAUAUAUUGCAUCUGGAUCCUGGUCUGGAACAUGUAAGCUUUAUUCUGUUCCAGAUUUAGAAGAAAAAUAUAAAUUUCGUGGGCAUAUAGAUAAAAUUGGCGGCAUAACAUGGAAUCCAGGGGCCACUAUUGGAGGAGUAUCUGAAGAAGCAGUAAAUAUAGUUACAGGAGGGAGCGAAGGUGAUAUUUGCUUAUGGAAUUUAAAAAGUGAAACACCAAUAUCAACACUAAAAGGCCAUGAAAACAGAGUAUGUAGGGUGGAAUUCCACCCAUCAGGGAAUUACAUUGGGAGUGCAUCAUUUGAUGGUACAUGGCGUUUAUGGGAUUUAACAACAACUAUGGAGCUUUUGCGUCAAGAAGGCCAUUCUAGGGAAGUUUACGCUAUUUCUUUUCAAAACGAUGGUGCAUUAGUAUCAUCUGGAGGGCUUGAUGCUGUUGGAAGAGUUUGGGAUUUACGAACUGGUCGUACAAUUAUGAAUUUAGAUGGGCAUAUCAAGCCUAUUCAGUCACUUGAUUUUUCGCCAAAUGGUUAUCAAAUUGCAUCAGGAUCAGCUGAUGAUACAAUUAAAAUAUGGGAUAUCCGAAAAAUAAAACCCGUAUCUACUAUCCCUGCACAUAAAAGUCUGGUAUCUGAUGUCAGAUUCUUUAAAACCGCACAUGAAGAAGUAUUGGUCCAGGGUAAAGAAUUAAUUCCUUCAACAUCUGGAAUUUAUCUUGUUUCAAGUGGAUAUGAUGGGAAAAUAAAUAUAUGGAGCUCAGACGAUUGGAUUCUGAUCAAGUCCUUGGCUGGCCAUUCAGAAAAAGCAAUGAGCGUAGACGUUUCAAAGGCAUUUUCUAAUCCGUCCUUAGAUAACCGUUGGAUUAUCUCUACAGGCUGGGAUCGAACAAUAAAACUAUGGGGAAGUGAAGAUUCAUAG